ACGGCUACUAAACAGUAGGAUUUGCUCUUCAUGAUGAUCUUAAUUCAGUGCAUCGUCCGAAAAUUUCGAAUCAACGAAAAAGUGAAAGACAAAUUUUAAUAAAAUUUUAGAAAAUUUCUUUUAAUUAAUGCAAAAAUAACAUUUUUUUCCGCCUCAAUAUCGAAAUUUGAAAAUUUUGUUCGAUCUAGUGGAGUGAAAAUGGUUUUACGGUACACGAAUUGUUAUUUAAUAAUAUAACUAAAAACUGAUAAUUUUUAUUUUUUUAUUAAAAUUUGUUGAAUAAGUAAUGUCAAUUUAAAUUUAAGUGGAUUACUAUUUCAAGUGUUAAAAAAAUUAUUGAACUUGUGCCAAAAGUUCUAUUAUCGAUUGACUUAGGUAUUAAAGAUACACACUUUAACCGUUUAAACUUAAUUACAAAAACACCAAGAUGCAAAACAUGAAAAGAAUAAAUGAAAAAUUAUAAAAACAACUCUCACUUCAUUAACAAGAUUAUUUAUAAAUAACAUUAAGAUGUUUCUAGAAGCUGAAUUGAGCAGCAAUGAAGAAAGUACAUUUGUCAACAAUGAUUCUCUGCAGUACUUCUCGAAUGCAUCCAUCAACGGUGACUAUAUUUUUGAUCGGAUCGACAUCAAAAUUAUAUUCAUCACUCUCUAUUCCAUCGUCUUUUUCUUUUGUUUUUUCGGAAAUCUUCUAGUCAUUCUAGUCGUCAUGUAUUCACGAAGAAUGCGCGGCAUAACAAACUUCUUCCUGGCAAAUUUAGCUGUAGCAGACCUUUGCGUCGGAAUAUUCUGCGUCUAUCAAACCCUGAUUAAUUAUCUUAUGAACAGCUGGCUUCUUGGCCUCUUCCUCUGUAAAGUCUACACGUUUGUUCAUGCACUCUCAUACACAGCAAGUAUCAUGAUCCUAGUAUUAGUAUGCGUGGAGAGAUACCUUGCAAUCAUUCAUCCGAUAAAGUGUAGAUCUUUGCUGACAAGAAGUCGUCUGAGAGUAAUAGUUGUAAUUGGAUGGAUUUUAGCUGCUAUUUAUGCUUUGCCAAAAUUUAUAUACGCAGAAACAAUUGAAAAUAAACUUAUGAAUGGAGCUCUCGAUAUAAUUUGUAUUCCAAACAUGAAAAAACACAGUAAAAAUGCUCUUGACACUGUCAAUUUAAUUUUACUUUAUAUUGUACCUUUGUUUUUGAUGAGCUAUCUGUACACCAGAAUUGGAAUCAGGCUGUGGAAAAGCGGACGAACUUUAAGCGGCCCUGAUCUAAUAACCAGACCGAGAAAUAUAAGACUUCACCAUACGAAUGAAUCUAAUAGAAAUGUUCUUCGUGCACGUCGAGGUGUCAUAAGGAUGCUCAUUGCAGUGGUAAUUAUGUUCUCGAUGUGCAAUCUUCCUCAACAAGUCCGAAUCCUGUGGCUUCACUGGGGUUCAAAUUACAACCAAAAUUCAGAUUUCAGCACGAUAUUAACAGUUUCCACAGCUCUUAUAUCAUACAUGAAUUCUUGCUUAAAUCCUCUCCUUUAUGCCUUUUUGUCCCGAAAUUUUCGAAAGGCAAUGAGGGAGCUUUUUUCUUGCCGCUUUCAAAGGCGAGACAGAGGCUACAAUGCCGCAGACGGAGCUCACAUGGAAAAUGGUAACAACAACGUACCCCGCAGUUCCGUUAUACGAUUAAAUUCAACUUAUGACAGCCCUUGCACUACACACACCAUUACCAGGCAAAGUACGUACGUCAAAAGUUCGUGAACUUUGUUGUCUGACCCCGUGGCCGAUAAACCAAAUAUUGAGCCACGGAGACCAGUUUGCCAUGAUAUUGCUAUAACUCAAUUGUAAAAUAUACAUUAUUUCUUAUGUAAAAUUUUUCAUGAAUAUAAAUUUACCUCUCGUGAAAAUUCAAAAUACAAAGGUUUAUUAUGUAACUGAAUUUGCGACCGGUCAGAACGAUAAUAUAUACAUAUAGUUAUAUAAUAUACAUAGUCAAUUUCAAAGCCUCCUAGAUAAUGCUCGAUACAUUUCAACCCUCGGAAAAAAAAUUAACGACUACCUGGAAUCACUCUCCUUCCACAUUCUCAUCAUUCGAACUCCUUGUGAUUGUCGGAACUGCUAGAAAUUCCAGCUGAAGAAUUUAUAAUAAAGCUCCUAAAAAUUUUGAGCACACUUUACCGCGCAAAAAAAAAGUUCAAGCCUGUCUGAAGUCACCUUCAAAUUUUAUUGUUUUUGUUUUAACCAAUUCCGACUGUCGAAGCCUCUGGAGGUUCCAGCUGGAAAAUUCUGAGUACACAUUAAAAAGUGUAUCAGAAUUUUUUUGGAGCUUUAUAAAUUCUCCCGCUAGAAUUUCUAGCAGUUCCGACAAUUGCAAGGGGUUCAAAUGAUGAAAAUGUGGAAGGAGAGUGACUCCAGAUAGUCGUUAAUUUUUUUCCGAGGGUUAAAAUGUAUCGAACAUUAUCUAGGAAGCUUUGAAAUUGACUAUGUAUAUUAUAUAUCUAUGUAUAUUAGCGUUCAGCUGACCGGUCGCAACUUUAGUUACAU